UUCCUUUUCCACUUUUUCCACCCAAGUGGAGGCAUCGUGUUUACCUGGGUUUGAGGGCUUCGCGUUAUAAUAACAUGCCUGGAAAGCUUCUCAGUCUCAGCGAUCAAGAAGAUAUGGAGAACGGAAGCGCAGCAGAGUACUCUGAGACCGAGCACAAGAAGCAUAAGAAGCAUAAGAAAGAAAAAAAGGAGAAGAAAAAAUCUAAAAAAUCUGAGAAGCGCAAGAAGCACAAACGAGAACACAGUGAGGAGGCUACAGACCCCAUUAGCCCUCCCAAACCCAAGAAACAAAAACUAAGCGAUGAAGAAGAUGCCAAUAGUGAUAGCUCUGUUCAAGAGAGGAGAGAACUAAGUAGUGUGAUAACCAAUGGGUUCUCUGAAGCAAAGACUACCUCUCAGUCUGGUGAGGAAAGUGGCGAAUGUGAAAGUGAACCUGAACAGGAGCUUACUCUCGAACAGAGAGAGGGCGCUUUCUCCAAUUUCCAGAUUGCCAAAGGAACUGUUGACCUUCUUAAAGCUAGAGGCGUGGAGUAUCUGUUUCCUAUACAAGUCAAGACAUUCGACCAUGUCUCUAGUGGGAAAGAUCUUAUUGCCCAGGCCAGAACUGGGACAGGCAAGACGUUCUCCUUCGCCAUUCCUUUAAUAGAGAAGCUUCAGGGCAACGGACCAGAUAAGUGCAGAGGCCGAAGUCCUAAGGUGUUGGUCCUUACUCCUACAAGGGAGCUGGCCCUGCAGGUAACCAAGGACUUCAAGGACAUCACCAGGCAACUGUCCAUAGUCUGUUUUUAUGGUGGCACUGCAUACAAUGCUCAGAUUGCCAGUAUGCGGAAUGGAAUUGACAUCCUAGUAGGAACACCAGGUCGAAUAAAGGACCACCUUCAGAAUAACAAGCUGGACCUGACCAAGUUAAAGCAUGUUGUCCUGGAUGAAGUGGACCAGAUGUUAGAUAUGGGAUUUGCUGAGCAAGUUGAAGAGAUUUUAAAAGUUGCAUACAAAAAGGAUUCACCUGAGAAUCCACAAACCUUGCUGUUCUCAGCAACCUGUCCAAGUUGGGUGUAUGAUGUAGCCAAGAAGUACAUGAGGCCAAAAUUUGAGCAGAUUGACUUGAUUGGGAAGAAGACACAGAAAACUGCUACAACAGUGGAACAUUUGGCAAUUGAAUGCCACUGGUCCCAACGUGAAGCAGUUAUUGGGGAUGUCAUUCAGGUUUACAGUGGCAGUCAUGGACGGACGAUUGUUUUCUGUGAGACAAAGAAGGAUGUUGAUCAACUUGUUUUAAAUUCUUCUAUUAAGCAGGAUGCCCAGGGUUUACAUGGAGACAUUCCACAGAAACAGAGAGAGGUGACACUCAAAGGUUUCCGAAGUGGCACUUUUGGAGUUCUGGUUGCUACUAAUGUAGCCGCCCGAGGACUAGAUAUUCCAGAAGUGGAUUUGGUGAUACAGUCAUCACCACCAAAGGAUGUGGAGUCCUACAUCCAUCGUUCUGGCCGUACAGGCCGAGCAGGACGUACUGGGGUGUGCAUCUGCUUCUACCAACGGAAAGAAGCAGACCAGCUUAGAUAUGUGGAGCAGAAAGCGGGGAUCAGGUUAAGAAGGACCGGGCUACCUUCUGUGACCUACUAUAUAGAGGCACAGUCAACUACUUCUAUCAGAUUCCUGGACUCCAUCCCAGAGUCAGCAAUUGAGCACUUCCGUCCAGCAGCAGAACGACUUAUUGAGGAGAAAGGAGCUGUUGAAGCACUGGCAGCAGCCCUGGCACACAUAACAGGAGCAAAAUCCAUCGAACAGCGUUCUUUGCUAAAUUCAGAUGCGGGAUUUGUGACCAUGUUGUUAACUUGUUCAGUAGAAAUGCACAACAUAGGCUAUGCAUGGCGUGGUCUAAAAGAACAACUUGGAGAGGACAUCGAGGAUAAGGUGAAACGUAUGCGUUUCUUAAAAGGAAAGAUGGGCGUGUGCUUUGAUGUACCGGCUGCUUCAGUCAAGGAAUUCCAGGACAACUGGGUGGACUCCAGGCGCUGGCAGUUUUCUAUUGCAACAGAACUUCCUGAACUUGAGGGAGACAAAAAUUCCUCAGAUUUUAGGAAGGGUCGACCAGGUGGAUUUAGGAGAAAUGACAGAUUCAGAAACAGAGGACAAUCUAAAAGAAAUUUUGGAAGGUCAUCUAAUUCUAGAUAACAUAAUAAACUGUUUUUUUCCACCUA